CUUCCUGCCGGUUCAUUACUAAAUGCUUUGAAGCAACUCUAUACUUAAGUUUCUCAGUCGUCUUGUCAACCGUGGUUUGCGUCCUCCUAGUCCCAUUAUCUCCUAACUUGUUACUCGAAUCGAGACAUUAUCCGCCAGUAUCCUGGGAGCAAUAACUCUUCACCAUCCAAGAAACUUCGAGCACAAAAGCUUCUGUUGUCAAAGUCUAUCAGAGCUUGCUAAGCGUUUAUAGGGCUUCCCUAGCAUCCCAGGAUUCUCGUACGUAGGCGUACAAUUGCCUAGAACCGUUAUUUAUCUGCCCAAACAUCCUUCAGGCCUUUUAACAUCUACAAGAUGUGCCCUCUGAAAACUUUAGGCCUCCUCUUUGCAGGAAUCGCUCUUUCACAAGCCCGGGCAACAUCAAGUCAACUACCUGUAGUCGACCUUGACUAUGCCAUCCAUCAGUCCACCUUCAAUGAGACCGGCUCGUAUUACAACUUUUCAAACAUCCGCUACGGAGAGGCCAUCACAGGAGCAACCAGGUUUAAAGCACCUCAGCCUCCGACCACAAAGAACCGCACUAUGAACGAUGGACAGACAGCCACGAGAUGCGCUCAAACGCAUCCCUUCUGGUUAUCAGAUGGAAUGGCGAUUGCUCAAGGAAUACCAGCGUCGCAACUCCAACCGCCGCAAUUCAACAUCUCACAGAUUCCACCCAUGAACGCCGAAGAGACCGAGGAUUGUCUGUUUCUAGAUGUGCUUGUGCCAUCCAAGGCUUUCCCUGCUGGGCCUACACAGUCGUCUCAGACUCGAAAGCCACCGACUUCGUCCUCGAAAGCAGCCCCGGUUCUGGUUUGGAUAGACGGCGGUGGAUUUUCUGCGGGCUAUAAACACGAGCAGCCUCCUGCAGGUCUCGUUACCAGAGCCCAAUCUGAGGGUGCAGAGGGCUUCAUUUUCGUUUCCAUGAACUACCGAGUUGGACUUUUCCGCUUUCUCCCAGCCAAUGUCACCGGAGAAGGCGAUUCCAACGUCGGACUGCUCGAUCAGCGCCUGGCUUUGGAAUGGGUACAGAAGUAUAUCCAUCUCUUCGGCGGAGACCCGUCGAGGGUCACGCUUAUGGGCGAGUCGGCCGGUGGAGGUUCGAUCUUUCAUCAGAUCACCGCUUUUGGAGGAGAGGGUAAAGCACCCUUCCACCAAGCUAUCCUACAGAGCCCAGGGUGGCAACCGAACGCGAAUCCCGGCUUCCAAAACCGUCUGAUCGAGUACGCCUUGACCAAUGCAUCGGCACUGACGAACAAAACCAUGCGGAACGUUGAAGACCUUCGCAGUCUCACUUUCAAAGAAAUGGCCCUUGUCAACAGUGUCAUCGUCGGCCGCUCUAGGUAUGGCACGUAUACAUUUGGGCCGGUUGUGGACGGCUCCUUUGUGCCGGAUAUGCCAGGCAAGCUGGUUGCCAAAGGGCGGUUCGCCAGGUCUCUCAACGCCGUGAUGAUGGGCACCAAUUUCAAUGAAGGAGUGCUCUUUGAUUCACCCUUCCUAACCAACGACGAGGACUACCGCGGCAAUGUGCGUCUGUUCUUUCCAAACGCCACCGAGGCCGUGGUGGAUUACAUCGCCACGAGCCUAUAUCCCAAUGACCUUUCCGGCAAAUACAACUACACUACACAACCACUCAGAGCCGCCGAGACAACGGCAGAAGGCUGCUUCUUGUGUAACACACGAUACCUAGCGCAAGCUCUGCCUGGAAUUGUCUCGAAACGCAUCUUCAAGUACUUGUUCGCAGUUCCGCCGGCCAUCCAUGCAGAUGAUCUGGCCUACACCUUCUACAAUGGCAACGGUACACUGACCUGGGAAGGAUUACCAGUGAAUGAGAAAGUUGCUCUUACAUUGCAGGACUACAUCAUUAGCUUCGUCUCCAGUGGAUCGCCAAACAACGGGCAUGCCUCCAGCCAGAACCCUUGGUUCCCGGCGUAUGGGACCAAUGCAUCGGUUCUCACGUUGAACGGAACCAGACUGGGUGCUCUCAAUGCUGAUCCCCAGGCAAAUUUCAGGUGUGACUGGUGGCAGAAGACUCUUUACACUUGAUAAUAAUUUUACUUCACGUUCUAAUAAUCUUUUAAGACAGAUUGAAGACUGUCAGAGUUCUAGGAAUUGACUACCCUUAGUACUAGGGCCCUGGGACAUCGAACAGGGAUUCUUUUAUGUUC